CGGGGUCGCGAUUCGGGUCCUGGAUGACGGACGCUGUGACGCCCAGCACCGACAGCAGGGUCUGGUACAUGGACGGUUAUUCCAGAGGACGCCGCGUUUUGGAAUUCCGCUCCCUGCAGGACUUUGCGUCGGGGCAGAACUUCGUGCAGCACCUCCUGCCUCAACCGUGGGCCGGGACGGGGCACGUGGUUUACAACGGCUCCCUUUAUUACAACAAAUAUCAGAGCAACGUGGCCGUUCGUUAUCACCUGGCGUCCCGAAGCGUCGUGGCUCAACGCAGCCUCCCGGGUGCCGGAUAUAACAACACCUUCCCUUAUUCCUGGGGGGGUUUCUCCGACAUCGAUCUCAUGGCGGACGAGGGGGGGCUGUGGGCCGUCUACACCAGCAAUCAGAAGGCGGGGAACAUCGUGCUGAGCCGCCUGGACCCGCACACCUUGGAGGUGUGUUGGGGUCGGGCUGCGAUUGCUGGGGGAAGUGUUUCGUUUCGUGGUCUCUGCUGCCCCCUGGUGGGCAUUCGGGGGUAUUGCAGGAUUGGCUUUACCGUCCCCUAGUGGCCGUUGUUGGUAUUGUAAGCUAAUGCCUGCAGCCCCCUAGAGACUGUUGGUAGUAUUGCAGAAUUGAUUUUUCUGCCUCCUAGUGGCUGUUGUUAGCAUUGCGUGCUGGUCUCUGCUGUCCCCUUGUGGCGGUUGUCGGUAUUGCAGGAUAAUCUCCGCUGCCCCCUUUUGGCCGUUGUUAGUAUUGCAGGACUGUCAUUGUUGCCCCCUAGUGGCCGUUUUGAGUAUUGCAGGGACGUCUCUGCUGCCCCCUAUUAGUAUAGCAGGGUUGUUUUUGUUGCCCAUUAGUGGCCUUUGUUAGUAUUGCAUGUUUGUCAUUGCUGCUCCCUAGUGGUCGUUCUUAGUAUUGCAGCAUUGUUUUUACUGCCUACUAGUGGCCGUUGUUAGUAUAGCAGGGUUGUCUCUGCUGCCCCCUUGUGGCCAUUGUCUGUAUUUCAAUAUAAUCU